AUGUGGGCGAUGCUUGUUGCUGUCGUCGCCGUCGUCCUCGUCAAUCGGGUCCAAACCGUAGACGAUUUCAUGGCUAAGAAAGUGUUCUUAAAGACACCGGCAUCCUACGUGAAUUUAACCUCGGAAGCAUGGAAAGUGCAUGACGGAGACACUGAAAUAACGAUUGCCGUUCGCUUCAAACCUAACACCAAAGUUGGCCAAGUGUUCAGUUUACGAGCGAUCGCACCACACGGGAGGAAAAUAGCAAAGCUUGUCGGUAGUCUACACAAUGGAUACCUCCAGUUGAAUCUGUUGAACACUGACGGGAUCAGCAUACUGAAUAAACCAUUCAGCACACAUUUCUUAGAUCAAAACAAAGAACACAGCUUGGCGGUUCGUUUAAACACCAAAAACAACUCUCUAUUCUAUCGAUUGGAAUCAGACAGCGAUCAUGUUUGCGAGAUCACGGAAGAAAUCGAUAUUGAAGGGGUAGAGUUAGUGCCAACUCUGGGAGACGGAGGGAACUCGAUGAUUGGCUGUGUAACAUUGGUCACUGUGCAGGUGGGCGGAGCGACUCCGCCUUACGAGGUUAUCGAGAUCUCGUCCAAUGAGAUCGAUGAGUGUCCGAGCGACGACGAAUGUGCUUACAGAGAUUGCAAUAAGGGAAGAUGUUUACCACUUGAGGUUGCGACGUGUGACUGCUAUGGCACACAUAAAUCAGGUCCAAAUUGUCGAUACCCGUCUCGAUCCGUUUUUGUGCUUAAUAACGACGACGAGAGUCAACCUAGCAACAUACGCUACACGCCGUGGAAGGUCGAUCAACAAAUCAGUCGGAUAACGAUCGAUUUUAAGUUUGCCGAACUUGACAACAAGCAAGGAGUACUGCUACAUUCAAUACUUAAUGAUGGAUCUGUAGUGAAAUUGUAUGUGGUGGAACGGAAUGGAAAUCUACUUUUCGGAAGCUUUGGUCACGUGAAUUUCACGCUCGACACUAGUGUUGAAUUCCACUCAAUUUUUAUUGGUAUUCAUCAUGAAUCGCGUAUGAUUGGUCUAACGGUUGAUGGGGAAACGAGAAAACUCUCGUUCAUGGAUUCUCCUGUCGGCCUCCAUCUCUCAUCAAUUUUAUUCGGCGGUGCUCCCGCAACAAAUGGUGCACGAGAAUUGGGGAUUACUGCUUGUUUGAAGAAUGUGUACGUAGAUCACCACGAUAUUCUUUACAUGUUAAACGAUAAGGACAAACGGGUGGAGUCAUCGAAGUCUCUUUCAUCUUGUAGUAACGACGGUAGCUUACCGAACUUAAUCGCCGUUGGAGUACCACUAUUCAACGCUGAUCCGCUGCCAAAUGACCUUUUCGACUUUAUCAGCUCUCAAGAUAAUUCUAGUGAUGUGGAUGCAACAUCCGGAAACGAACCAAAUGCUGGGAGUUCAAAAAUUGAGAUAAGUUCCCAAUUGUCGCCAACCAUGCAGCACCUUACCGUUGCAAGUGAGAACAUUCAUAAAGGUGGCAUUUUCGCAUCAGGACCACGAAAAGGUCCCACAAAUCCGUUGCCUUGCGAGAAAUCACAGGAUUACGUAUGUCGCAAUGGUGCUAUUUGUGAGCGUCGUCAGGAAGGACCUGUAUGUUUAUGUAAACGCGGUUUCGCUGGGAAAUAUUGUCAAUUUGUUCUUCAUCCUCGUACUUGUGCUGAAGCGAACACUUUCUACGGUCUCCCCUCAGGACCUACACAUCUGGAUGUGGACGGAACACGUCCAUUGCUUGGUAGUGUAGCGGUUUGCCGCAAUGGAAUCACUACAGUACCCCACGAUAUGCCGAAUGGUACGGUGCUGCGAUCAUCCGAGGACAAGACAAAUUCACUGUUUGUUGUUUCCUACAGAGAUUUCAACAAUGAGAAGCUAGCCAGACUCAUCAAGAAUUCCGACUCUUGCAAGCAAUUUGUGCAAUAUGACUGUAACAAUGCCGCACUUGGGUUUGAGUUGAAAAAAACAUGGUUCCACGUGGCCACUUCGGAUCGUACUGUAGCACAAAUUGGACGUGUGCCAAAUAGUUGCACCUGCAUGGAUUUGGGAUGCAUUGAAAACAAGAAAUGCAAUUGUGAUUCGCGUGCCAUCACUAACGAUAUUGGAUUUCUCUACGGAGAAGAUGCAGGGAUUACUAGAAUAGUGGCUCUACAUUCUGAUGGAGAUGUCAAUGGUAAAAUGACGCUGGGACCACUGGAAUGCGAGGGUUUCGCCGGCUACGGACCAAUUCGUUUUGCUAGAGAGCGGGCACUUGAUGUUCGUCGAUGGAGUGGUGAACUGUUGUCGUUACAAUUUCGUACAGCCAACUCAACGGCUACACUAUUCUCCGUUAUAGAGGAUGAACAGAAAUAUCUGAAAGUUGAAUUAGUGAAUGGUCAUAUGAUCCGGGUUUCGCUGUCAAAUGCCAGCGCAACGGUUGAAUCUCAAGCAAGAAUUAACGACACAAAAUGGCAUCUGUUAGUCCUUGAAUUCGCCAACGAUGAACUUCGUAUUGGAAUCGACAGUUUUAAUGCGUUCGUGGCAGUUUCUAGUGAUGAUAUCCCGGAUGGACAACUGUCACUAAACGACGACAUCAACGGUUUUACUGGCUGUGUUCAAUCGCUUAUAAUUGACGAUGAUGCGGUGCAUUUGCAAGGACUCGCCCAAGAAUUCGAAGAAAUUUCUCCUUAUUGCGAAGAUCGCUGCAAUGGGAAUUUGUGCCAAAAUUCAGCGGAAUGCAUCCAAGAUUUUGCUGCCGAUGCCGCCGUUUGUCGCUGCCGAAAUCCAAACGUGCAAAGCGGACGCAACUGUGAGAAUGACAUCAAUCAAAACUCGUCCGUCUCAUUUCAUGGUGGAUUUCUGAAAUAUGAGUUGUCACAGAACCCAUUGAUUGGUCAAACUGUGCUCUCUUUUCGAACCGACCAAUCACAAGCGUUGAUAAUAUUUGUUCACGAUCACAACAACAAUUUUAUGCAGCUUCACCUCGCCGAAGAGGUUAACCUCACCUUAUCGCUUAACAAUGAAGAUAUUGUGUCUUCGUGUACUGUACGCGCAAGACCUGGGACGGAAUACAGUAACAUGAAUUGGAUACAGGGAUCAUCCCACGAAUCUGACGUGGUACGGAUUUUUGAUGGUCAAAAACUAUGCGGCGGCAUAGAUUGGAAAAACGGCAUUUUUAAAUGCGAGAAAUGGCUCUUGUUUCGGAUAACCAUCGAACACUCGCUGGAAUCAUCGACAUUAACGGUGGAUGACGAUGCAUGCAUUAUCCAUACGCCAAGACAACUUUCACAACACCCUGUACAAAAGUUUAUCAAUGUUUUCACAGACAUAGUGGUCAUUCCCGUGGGAUUAAAUUCGCCGAUAGAGCCGAAACCAUUUGUCUAUACUUUUGUAGGAGGAAUCGAGCGAGAAUCACAUACAAGCGAUGGAUCGAUGGUGCUGCGACCGAUCUAUCAAUGUGCCGUACCAAAUCUCCUUGGAUGCGUACGUGGCCUAAGAAUUGGCGGUGAAAUAGUCGACCUACGUCAGACAGGACACGGUUUUCGACCGAAUGAUCCAAAAUUAAUCCGUAUCGGUUGCGAAUUGGGAUGUAGUUCGUUGGAUUGUAAGAACAGCGGACAUUGUUCGGUGGGAUGGCUGGGGAACGGAGACGUUACGUGCGAUUGUUCCCGUACAAGUUAUGCUGGAUCGGAUUGUACUGUUGACAACGGCCUUAUUCUCGCCGCUAACUCAUACUUCACAUUUGAUAUGGAUCGAUUUUUGUCGCGGUACAUUUUGAGUCCCAUGAAACGUACACAAACGUUGCAAUUCGCUUUUGCACCAUCGUCACCGUCGACACAUCACCAAAUUUUAGCCACCGUCCAGUUUAAAGACGAACGGAUUUUCGAAGUGGUCCUGAAUAGAAAUGGUUCUGUGAAUGUAGGAAUUGUGGAUGGCAGCAAAAAGGGCGUAGUUAAGACAUUUGUGGGGAAUUUCUCAGAUGGUUAUAGGCACUUUUUCGUGGCUCGAUUCGGUGCCCACCAAGCAACUGCAGUUACUGUGGACGCAAUUCGUCAUGAUUUUGAAUUUAUGGCCGAAAAUCUAGAUCUUUACAAUGCCAAAGAAAUCGUGCUCGGAGGUCAAAAGUCUGAAAAACCCGAAAUAACUGCACAGAGCAUGAAAAACUACUACAAUGGCUGCGUGUCGAAUCUGGAUGUAGAUUUCAAUAUACCAGCACUUCGUGCCACCCCUAUCUCUUAUUUGAACGAAGACGUCCCAUCACUAGCUAAUUAUAGUUGGUUAACUCCUACAAUCAGUGUUGUUAGAGGAAGAUGUGCACCGUUUAGGAUACCAAAUUCAUUGCCAGUAUACCAUGAUCCUGUCGAGUUGCCAAUAUGGGAGACGAAUUUCCAGCGACAUGUCUACCAAUCGGACAGUAAAGAUCCGUUAGCCAUCGGAGAAGACGGAAACACAUGGUUGUGGGCGAUUGGGAUUAUCAUCGUGGUGAUGCUACUACUGCUUGCAGCUAUUGUCAUCAUUUGUUGUUGUUGUUUACUGGGCACCAAAUCCAGUGAUAAACCUGUGAUCUCCAAGGAUGAAGAGGAACCUCUACGAAUACUCGAAACUCCGCCUCCCUCUCUUAUUGAACAAUCGAGAGCGUCCGAGAAGCUAGUGACAUUUUCAGAACCGAAUUCAACGAUGAACAAUCAUGUACCAUCGAAAAAAGAAAAGGAUCCAAUUGAGGCUAAUCGCGCUGAAUCGCCUCGAUCCUCACUACAAUCGGGAAUGACCGCGUAUUUCACUGCUCAGGAGAGCCUAAGCGAGAACGAUGUGGACGAGGAAAGCGAGUACGAUCUGGAUGCAACAUUACGCGACAUCGGCGACGAGAAUUUUGAUAUGCGUGAUGUGACCAGACCUCAGUCGUUCAUUGAUCGAUCAUCGCCGCGAUUAUCUUCCUUCAGACAAGGUGACCCAACCGUUCCGAAGGACAGUCCACUCUACGCACCAAUUUCACCAAAUCGAUCGGCACGACCGAUUCCCACACCGGUCCCACCGCCUAGAAUUUCUUCAUAG